GGCCCGGGUCGAGGCCGGCACCUCCGCGUCACUGUCCGGUAGUUGGCAUCCGGCGGGCGUAGAGGACCGCGCUGCGGGGCGAGCUAGCGAGCGAGACAGGACGAGGCCAUGGAGCGCGAAGUCCAGCGGGUUCGAGACGCGUUCCGGUCGGGCCGGUCGCGCCCCCUAAGGUUCCGGCUGCAGCAGCUUGAGGCCCUGCGGAGGAUGAUGCAGGAGCACGAGAAGGACAUCCUGGCGGCUAUCGGUGCUGACCUGUGCAAAAGUGAACUCAAUGCAUACAGUCAUGAACUUAUUACUGUCCUUGGAGAAAUUGAUCUUGUCCUGGAGAAGCUUCCUGAAUGGGUUACUGCUGAACCAGCUAAGAAGAACCUACUCACGAUGAUGGAUGAGGCUUAUGUUCAACCAGAGCCCCUGGGAGUCAUACUGAUUAUUGGAGCUUGGAACUAUCCCCUUGUUCUGGUCAUUCAGCCUCUGAUAGGAGCCAUUGCUGCAGGAAAUGCUGUGAUUAUGAAGCCUUCUGAACUAAGUGAAAAUACAGCCAGUAUCUUGGCUAAGCUCCUCCCUCAAUACUUAGAUCAGGAUCUGUAUGUCGUUAUUAAUGGUGGUGUUGAGGAAACCACAGAGCUCUUGAAGCAGCGCUUUGACCACAUUCUCUAUACGGGAAACACUAAUGUUGGAAAAAUUGUCAUGGAAGCUGCUGCCAAGCAUCUGACCCCUGUGACUCUUGAACUAGGAGGGAAGAGUCCAUGCUAUAUUGACAAAGAGUGUGACCUGGACGUUGCCUGCAGACGCAUAGCCUGGGGAAAGUACAUGAAUUGUGGUCAAACCUGCAUUGCUCCCGACUACGUUCUCUGUGAACCAUCUCUCCAGAAUCAAAUCGUGCAGAAGAUUAAGGAGACAGUGAAGGAAUUUUAUGGAGAAAAUAUCAAAGAAUCUCCUGAUUAUGAAAGGAUCAUCAAUCUUCGUCAUUUUAAGAGGAUUUUAAGUUUGCUUGAAGGACAAAAGAUAGCUUUUGGUGGGGAGUCUGACGAAGCCACACGUUACGUAGCCCCAACAAUACUUACUGAUGUUAAUCCUCAAACCAAGGUGAUGCAAGAAGAAAUUUUUGGGCCAAUUCUUCCAAUAGUACCUGUGAAGAAUGCAGAUGAAGCCAUACAAUUCAUAAAUGAACGUGAAAAGCCUCUGGCUUUCUAUGUAUUUUCUCAUAACAAACAGCUCAUCAAACGCAUGAUUGAUGAGACAUCCAGCGGUGGUGUCACAGUCAACGAUGUCAUCAUGCACUUCACACUCAGUUCUUUGCCCUUCGGUGGAGUGGGUUCAAGUGGGAUGGGUGCUUAUCAUGGAAAACAUAGCUUCGAUACUUUUUCUCAUCGUCGUCCCUGUUUAGUAAAAAGUUUAAAGGGAGAGAGUGCUAACAAACUCAGAUAUCCUCCCAACAGCCAGUCAAAGGUGGAUUGGGCAAAAUUUUUCAUCCUGAAACGAUUCAGCAAAGGGAAACUCAGUCUGCUGUUCCUCGCUUUCCUGGGCGUCGUGGCCGCUGUGCUUCUCAAGAAAUACCAAGCUGUGCUGAGGAGAAAGGCCCUGUUGAUUUUUCUGGUUGUUCACAAACUGUGUUUUCCAGUAAACAAUGAUGAAAAUUCAGAACCCAGCUCUAUCUGUUAAGAAUGAGGUAGUAUACUACUGAAGAAUGAUCCUGUUCAACCUCCUACUUGCCUCUACUGAAUUAUGCCUCUGUUAAAUGGUUAAUGAGCCAACAAUUUUAAAAUCCUACAAAAGUAUGCAAAUGCACUGUGAUCUAACCUGAAAGUUAUUGCCAAUCACUUUUAUUAAACUUGGCUUUUCAACCAAAUUCCAACAUUCCCCUAAUAGCGAGGAUAUUCACAGAACCCAUUCUAGACUGUGUCACCCCAAUAUUAGAACUUUGAACUAGAGGAGGGGAGUAUGUUAGGCUAAACUCAAGUUCUUUGGGGAACCCUGAAGGGGUCUUAGAACCUACUUGAUAACUUUUUCACUGCAGUUCAUGAAACACGGCACACCUUUCCUCUGAAGCUCCCAAGAGCGCCACACUGCCCAGCAAGGCCCCUGCAGCCCAGGGGUGAGGCUCGAUCUCCCCAGGUCCCCGUAAGCACUAGAACAGUGUGACUGUGGUGGGGGCACCUUCCUUGGUGCCCUGGGGCCUGAGAGCCGGCCUCCAGAAGUCGGCCCAUCUCACCAGUGCGCUUUCUCCCUUCUCAUCUGGUCUCCAUACUGUCUUGGGUUUAGUCUGACAGUAUCUUGUGACUAUCCACAAUUCUCUCAGUGACCACUGUCACUCAGAGCAUUAUGUCUAUCAUAGGGCUUCCUAGAAAACAGUUACCAGUUUCCUGUAUCACCUGUUAUUCUCAAUGAUGUAGGAAUUGUAGAAUUCUGCAUCUUAUUAAAUGCUGUAAUUAAAGUAUUUUUAAAGUAUUUAUCUAACUCAGGACCCUAAAGUUAUAAGUUUGCAGACCUCCAAGAACAAAUCUUUUACGUUUCAUAUUUCUGUAGCACAAUGCAAGUAAAAUGUCACUUUUUUAAACUUUAGAGAGAGCACUUUCUGAAUAAGUUCAGCCUACAGAACUUAAAGUGGUGACGCCAUUUCCUGUCAUGGACUUUGGAUCCCAAUCACCUCAUAGGGCUGAUGGUGCAUCUCUUGGAGCAGUUUGGAGAGGUGUGUAAGCCACAGUAGCUGCCAUGCCGAAAGGUGUGAAGGACGUGGGAAGACGCUGGACUGCACAGCCAUGACUGAGCUACCUCAGCCCAUUGGGAAAGUGCUAAGGAAGAGCCCUGCUGUGUGACCCACCACCCCGCCCUGUGUUUGAGACGGACUGUGCCCACUCAGUGAGAGACCGCCACUCACUUCUGUGCCCACUCAGUGAGAGACCGCCACUCACUUUACAUAAUGUGCGAUCAGCUUUGCUCAAAGAAUCGGUUCCAUUAAGGCUGCCUGAA